UGUGUUUCUCACACUCGCUUUGCAGCCAGAGCAGACAAUGCUUGUGUAAAAGAUCUUUCGGCUCCAAACACUGUUCGAUUUUCUCUCAUCAGUGUUACGGAAGAGGAAAACAAACACAGCGCUUGCAACACGUGAACUGGAGGCAGACAGAGAGAGAGAGAUUCUGACAUUCUCUUUAGCCUGAGACACCAUGGGUACUCUCAGAGAUCUUCAGUUUGCGCUCCAGCUGAAGAUCGAAGAGCUGCGUCAGAGAGACGCUCUUAUUGACGAACUAGAGCUGGAGCUCGACGCCAAAGACGAUCUCAUCCGGCGUCUGCAGGGCGAGCUCGAUCGCCUCAGGGUCACUCUCAGCUGUCCCGGAUCUGCCACAGGGCAACACCGUGCUUCAUCUGUGAGGGUGAAGAGAAGAUCUGUGCUUACAGAGCCUACAAACCUGGACCUGAAUCUGAUCUUACAGAAUCCUCCCAUGAGCCACAGCAAAAGCCAGGACGGUUCUCUGUCUCCAAGGUCUCAGAGAGUGAUCGAGACGGCGCUAAGGGAGAACGAGUGGCUGAAGUACGUCGGGAGGGAGUUAUCAGACCUGGUGGAUUGUGUGUACCUUACAACCGUCGCCCAAGGAGCCCGACUCAUCCGAGAGGGGGAUGAGGCGUCUCAGUCCUUUAUACUGGAAGAGGGAAAACUCGAGGUAUCCAGGGCUGGCCAGAAGCUGCACAUUAUCGAGGCUGGAACACUCUUUGGAGAGCUGGCUCUGCUUUACAACUACACCUGCACUUCUACUGUUACAGCACUGGUGAGCAGUAAGCUGUGGGUGCUGGAGCGUCAGGUGUUUGAGAGAAUCAUGCAGAGGAGCAGUGUUCUCCGCAUCACUCAGUGUGUGGAUGUUCUCCGCAGUGUGCCGUUGCUCUGCGCUUUACCGGAGGAUGAUCUCAUUAAAAUCUCAGACGUUCUGCAGGAGUGUCAUUACAGAGACAGGGACUACAUCGUGAGACACGGCGUUCCUGGAGACACCUUCUUCAUCGUGACCAGUGGCCAGGUGGAAGUGUUAGAGAGGCGCUCGGUCAGCGAGGACAGCGUGUGCGUGUCCGUCCUCUCCAGAGGAGACAGCUUCGGGGACAGAGCACUGAAAGGAGAGGUAUCAAGGUCUUUGAGUAUUGUUGCUACCGGUGAUGUCACAUGUCUGGCCUUAAACAGAGAGUCUGCCCUGAGGUUUAUAGGAGCAACGGAGAACGGAAACAAUGAGCCAAAAGCCAGGACUGCAGACGAAGGUGACGGACUGUGCCGUGUGUCACUCAGUGAUGUCCAGGUGCUGUGUCAUGUUGGAGAAGGACGGUAUAGCCACACACAAGUGGUCCAUUUGAAGAACGACACCAGCCGUGUGUUUGUGCUGAAGGUGAUAAAUAAACACGCUUUAGUGAGCUCAGGUAACAGAGCACGCGUCCUCACGGAAAAACAGAUCCUGAUGGACGCCCGCUGUCCUUUCAUUGUCAGGUUAUAUUGUACCUUUAGAGAUGCAAAGUGCCUCUAUAUGUUGAAGGAGGCGUGUUUGGGUGGAGAUCUGUGGACUUUAUUAAGAGAGAGAGGUCCGUUUGAUGAAAGCGCAGUCCGUUUCUACACAACCUGUGUUCUGGAGGCUCUGAGAUUCCUCCAUGGCCAAGGCAUCAUCCACAGAGACCUGAAACCAGAGAACGUUCUGCUGGAUCAGAAAGGAUACGCCAAACUGGCAGGCUUCAGCUCUGCUAAGCAGCUUGCUUCUCUCCAGAGAACCUGGUCAUUCUGCGGCUCAGCAGCUUACCAGGCUCCAGAGAUCAUUCUGCACAAGGGUCAUGGUGUGAUGGCGGAUCUCUGGGCUUUAGGAAUCUUUGUGUACGAGUUACUCAAUGGCAGUCCUCCAUUCUCAGGCUCAGAUCAGCUAAAGAUCUGUGCUGCAGUUUUGAAGGGAAUCGAUGCUGUAGAGUUCCCAGAGGCCAUCAGCAAUCCUGCGGCUGAUUUCAUCAAACAGCUCUGCAGAGAGAAUCCCACAGAGAGGCUGGGUCAGAGGAACGGGGUCAGAGACAUUCAAGGACACAAGUGGUUUGAGGGAUUCGAUUGGGAUGCCGUGUGUAAAGGCUCACACACUCCACCUAUAUUACCACAUGUUCAAGGCGUUUUGGAUUUUUCCAGCAGUGAGGAUCAGACGGGUUCAUCGCCGGUAGAUGACUCGGAUUGGGACAAAGACUUCUGAUCUGUCCAUUGGUCAGAUAUUAUGUGAUGGGUUAUGUGAGCAGACUGUUAUGAAGAAAUAUUCUGUAUUGAAUAAAGAAAGAAACUUCGGUUUAUGGAAUUUGUAGCCAGUCACGUACAGACUUUAAAUGGAAUCAUUGAGAAUAUAAGUUAGUUUCAAUUAUCUGGCUAAAUCUAAUUAUCCUGUGAUUUUUGGAGACGUUAUCUGUAUCUUCUUACAAAAAAAAUCUGUUGAAUGUGAAAUUAAAGCCGAGUCAUAUUAGUUUCUUUAUAAAAAAAAAAAAAGGGUUCAACCGGUCACUGUGUUUCAUUACGUUUCAUUUGAUUAGACAGAGCUGCUAAAUAAAACAAUUAAACAAUCAAAGUUCUUACUGUAUCCUCAGCUGGUUGAGUUUCCUGCCUGAAUUUCAUUUCCAAAAAGGAAAUAAAUGUGAAAAUUUUAUUUUG